CCCCUUUCAGUUCGGGGCAGCCAGCACCCUCUGGCCCCCACCGCCCCGGCUGCCCGGCGCCCAUUGGCCCGAAGCCGGGGCACCGCCAGCACCGUUCGGCUCUGCUCGCUCUUAAACCUCGGCACCCAUCCUCCCGGCACCCUUCGGCACAGAGCGCCGGGCCCCGCGCACCGCCAGCCCUCCCAUGCGGCUCAGAGCCGGCCGGUAACAAGGGAGCCACCAUGUCGCAGGGCGCCGGGGACAGCGGCAGCCUCGUCUUCCUCGCGGGGCUCCUCGCAGCGCUGGGGCUCUCUCCGACACUGGCCAUCCACGUCUACACGCAGCGGGAGGUCUACGGCACCGUGGGCUCCCACGUCACCCUCUCCUGCAGCUUCUGGUCCAGCGAAUGGAUCUCCGAGGACAUCUCCAUCACUUGGCACUUCCAGGCCGAGGGAUCCCGGGACAGCAUCUCCAUAUUUCACUAUGCCAAGGGGCAGCCCUACAUCGAUGACGUGGGCACCUUCAAGGAGCGCAUGGAAUGGGUGGGCAACCCGCACCGCAAGGACGGCUCCAUCGUCAUCCACAACCUGGACUACACCGACAACGGCACCUUCACCUGCGACGUCAAAAACCCCCCUGACAUCGUGGGCAAGUCCUCCCAGGUCACGCUCUAUGUCUUCGAGAAAGUGCCCACCCGCUACGGCGUUGUCCUCGGCUCCAUCAUCGGAGGAGCCUUGCUGCUGGUGAUCGUGGUGGUGGCCCUGGUGUAUCUCAUCCGGUACUGCUGGCUCCGGAGGCAGGCGGCCCUGCAGAGAAGGCUUAGCGCCAUGGAGAAGGGGAAGCUGCAGAGAUCAGCCAAGGACGCAUCCAAACGCAGCCGCCAGGCGCCCGUCCUCUACGCCAUGCUGGACCACAGCCGGAGCACCAAGGCGGCGAGCGAGAAAAAGGCCAAGGGAGUCCCGGGCGAUUCCCGCAAGGAGAAGAAAUAGCGGUUAGCGGGCAGGGAAGGUAGCGUGGCGGCGGCGGCGGCAGCGGGCGCUGAAUCCCCCCGCACCCCGAAGGUCGUCAUGACCAUCGAGAUGGAGCUGAGGGGGGAGGCAGCCGAGGCCGCCGGCCUCCCGCCCGCCGCCAAGUCCCCGAGCAAGACCAGCCUCAAAAACGCCUUGAUGAACAUGAUCAAGAUGGACUCGGAGAAGUGACGCCCGGCGGCCUCUUCUCCCGGCUUCUCCCCUCCCUUCCCUUUUUUUUUUUUUUUUUUUGUGUGUGGUUUUUUUUGUUGUUGUUGUUUUUUUCUUCCCACCCCGCCGAGGGAGAGGCCUGGACGUGGCUCUGAGCCGCGGGGAACCCGGCGAGGAGCGGGGUGUGGUCCUCGCCCGGGGGUCCCUCGGCCUCGGGGACGCCCAGGCGUCCCCCAAACCCGGACGGGGACGCCAGGAGGCCGCCCUGAAGCCCCUCAGCUGGUACCUUCCACCGCGCAACCGCUGCCCCUGCCCUGCUCCGGUGUCAUUUUAUUUUUUUUUUUCUCUAUUUGAAGAUGCAAAUGAUUUUGAGCCCCUUCCUCGGGGCCGGUUCAAUCCCCCCCACUCCGGGGACCUACAGGGUCCCCAGGGGUUCACGCCGCCCCAACCAACCACCUUCCCCCCCCCC